CUGGGCCUGCGCUGGGAGAGACUGGGUUAUACUGGGAGAGACUGGGUUACACUGGGUUAUACUGGGGUGUGCUGGGAGAGACUGGGUUAUACUGGGAGAGACUGGGUUAUACUGGGGUGUGCUGGGAGAGACUAGAUUAUACUGGGUUAUACUGGGGUGUGCUGGGAGAGACUGGGUUACACUGGGUUAUACUGGGUUAUACUGGGAGAGACUGGGUUACACUGGGUUAUACUGGGAGAGACUGGGUUAUACUGGGAGAGACUGGGUUAUACUGGGGUGUGCUGGGAGAGACUAGAUUAUACUGGGUUAUACUGGGGUGUGCUGGGAGAGACUGGGUUACACUGGGUUAUACUGGGUUACACUGGGAGAGACUGGGUUAUACUGGGAGAGACUCGGUUAUACUGGGGUGUGCUGGGAGAGACUGGGUUACACUGGGUUAGACUGGGUUAUACUGGGCUGUGCUGGGAGAGACUGGGUUGUACUGGGUUGUACUGGGGUGUGCUGGGAGAGACUGGGCUGUGCUGGGAGGUUCUGCGUUAUACUGAGCUGUACUGGGCUGUACUGGGUUAUACUGGGCUGUACUGGGUUGUACUAGACUGUACUGGGUUAUACUGAACUGUACUGGGUUGUACUGAGAGAUUCUCGGUUAUACUGGGAACUUCUCAGUUGUACUGGGGUGUGCUGGGUUGUACUAGACUGUACUGAGUUAUACUGAGCUGUACUGGGUUGUGCUGAGAGAUUCUCGGUUAUACUGGGAGCUUCUCGGUUAUACUGGGCUGUACUGGGAGCUUCUCAGUUGUACUGGGGUGUGCUGGGUUAUAGCGGGCUGUGCUGAGUUAUACUGGGAUAUUCUGAGUUAUACUUGGCUGUACUGGACCCUACCUGGCCGUGCUGGGUUCUGCUGGGCCGCACUGGGUUAUAGUGGGCUCUGCUGGGUUAUACUGGGGUCAUACUGGCGUUUCGGGGCGCGGAUCGGCGCCGUCAUGGAGCGGUUCGUGGCGGGGAGCCGGGCAGCUCUGCAGGAUCACAUCCAGCAGCACCAGGAGAUCCACGUGGUGAUGGGCAACGAGGCCUGUGACCUGGACUCCACCGUCUCGGCGCUGGCCCUGGCCUAUUUUCUAGCCCAGACCUCCCCGGCUCCCAAAGCCGCCUGGGUGCCGGUGCUGAACAUCCCCCGCGCCGACUUCGCGCUGCGGACGGAGACGACGUUCCUGCUGCGGGACCGGGGGAUCCCGGCCGCCUCGCUCGUCUUCCGGGACGAGAUCGACCUGGCGGGGCUGCACCACGCUGGGCUGCUCUCCCUGACGCUGGUCGAUCACCACGUGCUGCCCAGUGCUGACGCUGCCCUGGAGGACGCCGUGGUGGAAGUCCUGGACCACCGGCCGCUGGAGCGGGACCGCGGUCCCCCGUGCCGGGUGACGGUGGAGCCGGUGGGCUCCUGUGCCACGCUGGUGACCGAGAGGAUCCUCCAGGGCCCCCCGGGCGUGCUGGACGGAACCACGGCCGCGCUGCUGCACGGCACCAUCCUGCUGGACUGCAUCAACCUGAGCCCGGCGGCGGGCAAGGUGACGCCCAGGGACGCGGCCUGCGUGUCCCUGCUCGAGGAGAGGUUCCCGGAGCUGCCGGCCCGCCACGCCGUGUUCGGAGCCCUGCAGGCGGCCAAGUUUGAUGUCACAGGGCUGACCACGGAGCAGAUGCUGCGGAAGGACCUCAAAGCCCUCUCCAACGACGAGGCGGUCGUUGCCAUCAGUGGCGUCUUCGAGGACCUGGAAACGUUCCUGCUCCGGCCUGGCUUGCUGCAGGACCUGGAGGCUUUCUGCCAGGGCCGUGGCUACGCGGCGCUGGUGGCCAUGACCGUGUCCUUUAACGAACGCCACGAGCCCACCCGCAAACUCGCCGUCUACAGCCGGCAGGAGCCCCUCCGCGCCACGCUGUGCCGGGCGCUGGAGGAGGCGACGACGCCGUCCCUGCUGCUGCAGCCGCUGCCGAGCCCCUGGCCCUGCGUGGUGGCCUACGCCCAGGGCAACGCCCUGGCCACUCGCAAGAAGGUGCUGCCCAUCCUGAGGGCAGCGCUGGCGGGUCUGGGGGCUGCCGGGGGUCCCGAGGAGGAGGUGGUGCCCCCGCCCACCCCCAUGAACAGCCUGGUGGAGGAGUGUCCCCUGGCACAGGCCGUGCCCCCGCUGUGUCCCCAGGACGUCCUGGAGCGGGUCAGCCGCAUCGCCGUGGGGCAGCCCCCCGGCUCCCCGAAAUAGCAGCAGGCACCUCGUGGCUUUUUUUGAGGUCUGGGUGAGAAGUUUGGGGUCCUUGAGCAGGCCCUGGUGGGGUGCCUGGGUGUCGAAGCUGAUUUUGUUAAGAGUUCAGCUCCCGGUUCCCGUCGUGGUUUGUCCCCCCACAAUGGCUCCCUCUGCCCCACUGGUCCCCAGGGUGGGGUUUUGGGGAUGCCCUGGGCAGCAGUUGCACCCCCUUAAUGAAGGCAUUGGGCUGGGGGAGUUAACGAGUUCUUAACGAUCUUCCUUCCUUGGGGGGCACAGGGGGGCCCCCGAGGGUGGGUCCGGACAUGCAGCCAUCCAGGAUUAUCACUGUUUUCCAAGGAUUAAAUUCCCCUUUUCUUCCA